UAUUCACUUUAUCUGUGGAUUGGUUGAAGGGCGACUCUAGAUGAAGAAAUGUAUGCCCUGGUAUUCGAUGAAACCGUGCAUUGUACCAACUGGAAAACAACCGAGUCUUGCGGAUUUCUGUUUAAAGAAGCAAGGAAUGAGGGUGAUUAUUUUUAGGUGCAUUGCCUAUCUUUAAUUCUACACGAGAGUGUGGACGUGGAAUACUACGGAUACCAUGGCGGCCCAGUGUGACUCUUUGAGCGGCUACUUGCAACAAUCGGACCCGGGCUCAAAUAGCGAGUGUAGCGCAGACUCUCCGAUCCCGGUUUGUGAGGAUGAUUUCAGCGGUCCGCCAGCUCCACCGGACCCGGAAUGGACUGAAGAGAGAUUUCGCGUGGAUCGUAAGAAACUGGAAGUCAUGUUAUUAGCUGGCACAGAGGGGCAGAUCAAUGGAGGAGAAGAUUUCUUUCAGAAGGUUAUGGAGGAAACAAAAACUCAGAUUGCAUGGCCUUCAAAAUUGAAGAUUGGUGCCAAGUCUAAGAAAGAUCCUCACAUCAAAGUGUGCGGGAAGAAGGAGAGAGUGAAGGAGGCCAAAGAGAAAAUCAUGUCCGUCCUCGAUGCCAAAGGCAGCCGCGUGACCCUCAAGAUGGACGUCUCCCACACCGAGCACUCCCACGUCAUCGGGAAAGGAGGCAACAACAUCAAGAAAGUGAUGGAAGAAACCGGCUGCCACAUCCACUUCCCUGACUCCAACCGCAACAACCAGGCUGAGAAGAGCAACCAGGUGUCCAUCGCAGGCCAGCCAGCUGGGGUGGAAACAGCCAGAGCUAAAAUAAGGGAGCUUCUUCCACUGGUCCUGACCUUUGAACUCCCAGCGAUGGUGCAGCCGGACCCCAGCUCCCCCACGGUGCAGCACAUCUCCCAGACCUACGGCAUCUCUGUGUCCUUCAAACUGAGGACCCGCCUGUACGGCACCAUGGUAACGGUCAGGGGCUCGCAGGACAACGCCGCCGCCGUCAAGAGGGGCACCGCGCUGCUGUUGGAGCACCUGACGGGGGGUCUCGGAGCGGCCGUGUCGGUCAGCACCCACCUGGACAUCGCCCCCCAGCACCACCUCUUCCUGAUGGGCCGCAACGGCAGCAACAUCCGCCACAUCACCCAGAGCACCGGAGCCCAGCUGCACUUCCCUGACCCCAGCAGCCCGCACAAGAAGUCCACCGUCUACCUCCAGGGCUCCAUCGACGCGGUCUGCCUGGCGCGCCAGUAUCUCAUGGGCUUCCUACCCCUGGUGCUGAUGUUUGAUAUAAAGGAGGACAUGGAGGUGGAGCCACAGUACCUGUCCUCUCUGAUGGAGCGGCUGGACGUCUUCGUCAGCAUCAAGGCCAAGGUCAAACAGCCCAGCAAGACGGUGAUUGUGAAGAGCGUGGAGAGGAAUGCCAUGAACAUGUAUGAGGCCCGGAAGUUUCUGCUGGGCCUGGACCACUGCGGGGUCUCUGCUCCCCAAAGCAGCAGCCCGACCCCCGUCAUCUGCACCCCGGGCCUGGACAUCCUGGCCUCAGCUGGCCUGGGGCUCACCAGUCUGGGCCUCAGUGCUCCCAGUGGGGGAGGCUCCACCCCCAGCCUCCUCCUCAGCCCCCUGAGCAGCUCUGUGAGCCCCCUGCAGCCCCCGCCCUGCAGCCCCGCCCAGCCCAGCCCCGCCCUCUGGGCCGGCCCCCUCAGCACCACACCCAGCAGUACGGGUUUGUCAGCUCAGCUGAUGAUGCACCAGGCCACCCAGGCCACUCUGAGGACCCUCCUCCUGUCCGGGGCCCAGGGCUACACCCCAAACACCCCCUGCCCUCCCCCGGGCCUGGCCCCCAUCGACACACACGCCAACAGCAUCCCUGACUGUGGAAAAACAGCCCGCUCCCUCAACGGCCACAUCAAACACCCCUGUUCGGUUUACAGCCGAAUGUCUUCGACGUCACUGGCAGACCAGGUCCUAAGCCCCUCCCACACCGACCCGGCACAGGAUGCCAGCGGUCACUGCCCCUCCGAACCGCUGUCCAGCAAGUCUGGUUCCGACCAAGGCUCAGACACGUUUGUAGAAGUGGGGAUGCCCAGGAGCCCUUCUCACUCGGCCAGCAGCAGUGAGCUGAAGCAGAUGCUGGCUUCCUGUAAGACCUCCAGCGGGAGCCGCCACACUGUGGACCUCCGACAGGGAACCCACAACCCCCAUCUGCACCCGGACCGCUUGCUCUCGGACCCGGAGCCCAGCCGCUCGGAGAGCCCGCUGGCGGAUAAGAGGGCCCCGGGCAGCGAGAGGGCCGCAGAGAGAGCCGCCCAGCAGAACUCAGAGAGGAUGCGCCUCACUCCACAGGCCUCCUUCAUCAACAUGCAGACAUUCGACUAUGAGCAGAAAAAGCUACUAGCAACCAAAGCUAUGUUGAAGAAGCCUGUGGUGACAGAGGUCCGGACCCCCACCAAUACCUGGAGUGGCCUGGGCUUCUCCAAAUCCAUGCCAGCCGAGACCAUCAAGGAGCUGCGCCGAGCCAAUCACGUGCCCUACAAACCCACCAUGACCACCACAUACGAGGAGUCUCCUCUGUCCAUGCCGAACAGCCGCGAGGGGGUGGCGGGGGCGAGCGGUGACUCAGACAACUGGAGGGACAGGAACGGCGCGGAGCUCAGGGGCCACUCCGAGUUCGCCGCGUCCGUCGGCAGCCCCAAGAGGAAGCAGACCAAAUCAGUGGAGCACUACCUGAGCAGCAGUAACUACAUGGACUGCAUUUCCUCAGUGAUGGGCACCAACGGGUGCAGCCUGACCACCUCGGCCAAGGGUUCGGACCUGCCGGAGCUGUUCAGCAAGCUGGGCCUGGGGAAGUACACCGACAUCUUUCAGCAGCAAGAGAUUGAUCUGCAGACGUUUCUGACCCUGACGGACUCGGACUUGAAGGAGCUAGGAAUCACCACAUUCGGAGCUCGGAGGAAGAUGCUGCUGGCUAUUUCAGAGUUGAAUAAGAACCGGAGGAAACUCUUUGAACCUCCCAACAUCCGCUCCUCCUUCCUGGAGGGAGGGGCCAGCGGGCGACUCUCGCGACAGUUCCACACUGACAUCACCAGCAUCAGCGGGCGCUGGUAGGCCUCUCGCAAACCCCCCCAGGGUCCGGCCUCCGCGGAUCGCCAUGGUAACCCUGCGCAACACAAGGCCCCUGGCGCUCACUGGUCCAACUAACCAAAGGUGACCAAACAAAUGCCAAAUUAGCACAGAGGAACAGGACGGCUUGCUGGUCUGUGGUGAAACACGCAAGCACCAGCGUGACUGAAGGAUAACCCCAGCAGGGAACAGUACUGCUAUCUCUGUGUAGCCAUACAUAACGGUCAGUGAACUAUGCUAUUUACAGUCGUUUAUAUCAGGCCUGUGCACUUUAAAAACACCUGAUUCCUUGCCAGUGGAAGUUUUUGAAUCUGUUGACCAAUGAACAUG